GAUUGCUAUGGAGAGCUAACGAGAAACGAAAAGAGCGCAUAAGGAGUCGUUAUUGUAAACAUGGAUUGAUUUUUCGACUUUCUUGGGCUCUUUUGCGAUGUCAUUUUGUUAAAUAACCUCAACAUGUUUACUCCUCGUAAAUGUGGGGUUAAAUUCGACCCUCCGACUCUUGUUGUCUUCUACGAAGUAAACCUGACAGGUAUAUUUCUUGAUGAGUUUAUACUUAAGUGUAAGAUAUUGCAAUGUUCUACUAUUAGUUUGCAAAACUUUAUGCUUAAUGCAGUUCAUGGCAAAAAAUGAUGGGAGCUGCCCUCGUGAAAACGUCUCAGAGCACUUACAUCAGUUAUACAGAAAUCUUGUUGUUUCUGAAAAUUUAUCGGUCCGUGUAAAACGCAGACUGCGGACUAUUGUUUUCACCAUGCAAAUGAGGACGUGACAACAAUAGUCCCAUUGUUUUCUAGCCCUAAAAACAAUAUUCCACAGUGUGCAUUUUACACUGCCCUAAUAAUUUAUUAUUACUGCUGUCUUCUCAAGUAAGCCACAGUAACCUGAGAUCAGGCUCUAUUUUCGUUUCGCUUUGAAAAUUACAUUCCGGCGGGCAAGGCGAAACGAAAAGAGAGCCUGAUACAAACCUUCUACAAAACGUCUGCCGCCCACUUUUUUGAUUGAUUGACAUUUGCCGAAUCAGCCAACCAAAAUUACUUCCGUUGCUUGUUUUUCUAGUAUGCAAAUUUUUUACGCAUAGGAAAAAUGCAGACCGGCUGACUUAAAAAGUAGCUUUUAUCUGUUAAUUUUUUCAGCUAAAAAUAAAACAGUCAGCACAAUCACAUUUAACUUCUUGCAAGACUAAGGGAGAUCUCGAACGUUGUUUCUGUUGGCGCAGAAGGUAAAAAGUUUUCGAAAAGACGGCAACACGAUGUUCUACUAGUUUUAUUAUUUUGUCUAGGCGUGCUCGAAUUUAAAAUACUUAGUUUUCUGUUACCUUUAUAUUUUCCUCGGUAAUUUUCCCCAAUUUUCAGUACAUAAAUCUUUAAAAACAAUAGUAAACAGCCAAUGAGCGAGGACACCAGUUUUCCUGGUUUAUAUUUUACAAAAAGCGAAGGCAAACAACCAGUCUGUUACCUUAACCCACCAGCUUUUAUAAUAAUGCCUACAAAAAUUCCUUGAACAGCGAUGCGAUAUUCUUCAUCUAAUACUUCACAGUUGGCGAUUGAGUUUUCUUUCACAGUGAGCCUCAGCUUGCGUACCCCGUUCAGAGAAGUCAUUCCUGGCUAAACUUUCAGUUGAAAACAGUUUUAAGGUUGACAGUAGUUUGAUUUGCACUCGUUUGUCGGUUAAUCAAAAGGCACCUUGUUAGCGGUCAACAACUUGCAGAGGGAUUCAACUCUGCAAUACACUAACAUUAGUUCCGUAAAUAAAGCAAAUCCUGAGAAGUUAUGAACAACCAUAAGAAUUUUCUGAAUUGCCAUGGCACAUAUUAAGGCAUAUUUUCCUACCAUAAGACCAUAAAACAAUAAAAAAGACAGCAAAAUCGAUCCUUCUCUCCGCUGACGACGGAUCAUUCAUGAAAACAGCCACGGGAGGAAUAAGCGCUUUCAACUUCCGGUGUUUCCGACAGCCAAUCAGCGUUACGGCGAAAAUCUGGCCGUAACAAGCACAAACGUGAGAGAGUUUGUAUCAGGCCCAAUUUUAGCGGUAGCCAUUAGAGAGAAAGUAUGAGAACCGCUAAGAUUGGGUCUGAUCUCAGGUUAGCCACAGUGUACACAUGAUUCAUUAGGGCCUAUGCUCAGCUAUGCUAUGGCCAGUCUGCAGAGUAUGGCAGAUGCACGCGUGAGUUUUUUAACAAUAUAUAAAAAAUAAGGCAUAAAAACAGCCUUGCAUGCUUGAGAUCUCAUCGAGUUCUGCCAUACUCUGCAGACGGGCGCUAUGGAAUGUCCCAUUUUUAUUCCGAUCCCCCACCCCCUGUGGAUAUAAGCAGAUAGUUACCACCUCACUUUUUUGUUGAAACCCUUACAAAAAAUCUUUCCCACCUCCUCAAUUUUUUUGUUCCCUUUGAAAACAGAUUCCCACCAGUUAGCUGCCGAGGAUACCCCUCCAUAGGGGGGAUCAGAAUGAAAAUGAUGUGUCCCUAAUAUUAUUAUUUUACAUCAUUGAAGUAUUUCUCCAUUUCUGAUUGGCUAUAAUCCCUCAGCUAAUUCUUCAUCAUAACCAGCCACUGCUGACCAAAUUUCAAAGAAGCUUAGAUUGAAUCAUUCACAUCAGUCAUUCAGAUGUCAAAGAUUGUCAGUUAAGCUUAUUGAAUGAAGCUGAGUUUGAUAUGGAGAAUUAUGCAGAAUGAGGAACAUGUUAUCCACAGAGGCUGAAGGCUGAGAUGGAAUCACAGCUGUUGAGAUCUGAAUAAUUCUCUUCAGUAUAUACUAAAAUGGUGGAUAGUGUUCUUCGCGCGCUUUCAUUUGCUGCUUAAUCUUGGAAUAUCCUCCAUUAUUCACUGAUUCACCUCCAGUUCCUCUGAGCGAGCAAUGCCAAACUUGCCUAAGUUACAAGCCAAAUGGCUUCCCGGUUUGCUGCCAUAACAAACAAAAAAAAUUCACAAAUAAUCAAACAAGCUGUUCCCGAAACACACGAAGAAGGUUACAAAAUUUGGUUGGGAAGUUUUAACAGGUAUAUGUUUGUCUGUUUGACUUGAAUUUAGCGAUGAAACUGGUGAAAAGGUUUGCAUUACUUUAUUUAGCAGAAUUGGUCAUAAGUAAGCUUAAAACUAAAUUUAAUAGUUUUUUUUACAGAAUGGUUUUGAAUACAAAGACAAUUCACAGUUCCUUUAGACAAAAUUUCCCCAAAAGAGCAAAACAAAUGCCUUUAAAAGUUUUAUUUGUAGGCUUUGCGGCCAAGUAAAUAACACCACUAGCCACCUCCACUUUGGUGAAUAAUUGUUAUAUAUCAUAAUAUGAAAGCCAAAUUCAAUAACAUUGUUAUAUUAUUCACUCAAAAUGUUCUUAUUAACAUCCUUACCUCCUUGUAGUCUCUCCUCAAAACAUUUGCCUCUUUGAUAGAAAUGUGAAAGUGAAUUUCAAGCCUUUUGAAAGAUUGUUUUUUUCAGUCAGUGACACAGGGUGCUCAGAAGAAAAAAUGCCUGUUUCUUGGUACUGUCCUAAAAGAUACUUCUCAAAAAGCAGAUGACACCCAUCAAGCAAUAUUUCUUGUGCAUUGUUGCAUUUGUGCUGUUUAGUUUUAGUCAUCAGCUAUGUUGCCUUUUUAUGGCUGUAUUUUCUUGAUUUCUGCACUCAUGCCAGACAAGGUAGCUACUGGGUGGUAGUCUUGUGUGGCAUCAAUAACUUAUUGACUAUGUAUGUCAACAAUAUGCAGUCACUGAUGUCAGAGACUGAUGUCAAUGAUUAUGUAUUGCCCUAAUCUUCCAAAUAUGGUCUGCACAAGCUGGUUAUAAAGAAUUAGUGUGGAUAAAAUUCAACCAGAAACAUCACAAUAAUUGAAAUGUAAGUUAUCCACACAAUUGGUUUCUUUUCAGCAUCAGAGCUAGUUUGUUAUUCUCUCUUUAAGUAAUGUUCCUCCAAAAAACCUUUAAGCAUUACUUUUGUCAAAACAAAAAGAAAAGUGAGGAACUCUCAGAGAAGCCAUAGAGGCUGCGUGGUAUGUCAGGAUCCCUCCUGUACAUUUGGAAAUUUUAGUUAGUUGUAAUGGAGUUAAAUAUAAGCCAUCUAUUUAGCAUAUUAAAGAAAUGAAAAAGUGGCUUAUAUUAUACCGUAUUGAAUCAUUGUAAGUUAAGGAAAUGUUCAUGAAUAAAAAGUAAUACGAGCAAAAGUGCAGUCUAACAUCACUAUGGUCAAACCGUCAGGAGGCUUGAAGAUUGUGCUGCAACAAAGCAGAAAGGAUCCGUGUUGUUAAAAAAAGACACCAUUUCACCACCUCUCAUUGAAGCAUAGACGGCAAAGUCGCAAGAUCAUUUUAAAACAGUCAGUCACUCCAUUAACAAGGCUGUUCUUUUUGGAAUUGUGCUCUGUGGGGAUAUUAAUGUGCAACAGAAUGUCCUGGUGGUGCAUCCGAUCUUCCAACUUGGCACCCGUCACCCACACAGGCUUGACUCCAAAUUAAAUUUCAUAAUUGGGCUGCGUAUAGAGCCAUGUGCGCACUAAAAAUUUUAUUGUUUUUAAUCCAUGGGGUACUGUGCUAACAUACUGGUACUUGUAUUCCACUGAUGAAUGGCCAGGUGUGUUCAUAUUUAGUCAUACAGCUCACCAGAUUUCUUCCAUCAUAUGUUUGAUCAAGCCUUAAUCAUAACCUUUGAAGACUGUGAAAUUUCGUCGUAAAUUCACGAAAAAAUCAGUAAUGAAAAAAAUUUUUCUUUAGGAAAACUACACAAACGAUCAAUGCCAAUAAGAAUGCUGCGGAAAGAUUCAAGGUAAUAGCAAAUACUAAAAAGAAAGUAGAGUGCACGUUUCUUAUAAGAUGAGACAAGCUGGUAACUUAAUGGGUAAUGAUAAAAAGCCAGCAAAUAAAGCAAAGUGUUGAUGGCAACCUUGAAUGUAAAUAAGUCAAGAAAGAAGGAAACAGUUUGUUGGUUAUCCAGUUUGUAAUGGUCAAUCUUUGUAGUUAUGUAGUAUUAUUGAAAUCCUCAAUCUAGCCAGGUUAAAGGGAUAUUUUAUACUCAAACUGCAAAUUUUACUUAAAGAUAUAGAGGAUAUUACAUGGCUGCACAGGGAUACGAAAUUUCUCUUUUAGUGUUUUUCAACAGGAGAAUAGAAAUUUGGUAUCUCCAAGCAUGCAGCCAAGUAAUGUUGUGUUAAUAAUAUUAUGUAAGACCAAUGAAAUACCAAAGUGUUUUAACAUUUUAUGCUGCUAAAGGUGUGAAAUAUUAUGUAAAGAUGGCAACAGUUAUCUUUUCAUUUGUGAAGAUACCAUGUUAUUUUCACGUGUGACAAUAUCAUGUUAUUUUCAUGUGUGAAGAUAUCAUGUUAUUUUCAUGUGUGAAGAUAUCAUGUUAUUUUCAUGUGUGAAGAUAUCAUGUUUUUGUGCCAAACCUCACCUGGUGUUUCAUUGGUGUUUAUAUGUUAAAUGGCCAGGCCAUAUUUUAAGAUAUUAAGGUUAUUAACUUUUCUGUUAUUACAGAUAGCAUUUGUUCACCAAAUACUUUCUGCCUGUUUUACAGUGUAUCAGAUGCAGUCGAUGAAUUAAAGAAUAGCUCCCGACAUGGAAAAUACUUGGAAAACAUCUCUUACUCACAGGUACUUCUUGCAUAAAUAAUUAACUAAACUCAUUACCCUGGUAUUAAAAUAUAAAUUAUCCUUACACUUCAUUACAUAUUUCUUGUAAUUUUCCUGGAUAAUACUAUUAUGUCAGGGCUGUUUUGUAGCCUGAGAAAAUCAUGUUCACUUGUUCUGUAACGUUGUUCUGAAGCUGCAUGCACAUUAUACAUGUAAAUGGCUCUCUUUCAUGGGUCAUUGCUACAAUGCCAAUCAUCUAAUCACUAAAGAUCUUGAGUCUUAUAAGGGGUGUUGAGCAAUGUAUAAGUCAACAUAUUGGCUGACAUAUCGGCCAAGUGUUGGUCAAGUCUCAGUCAAGUCUUGGUCGAUGUCAACAGGCAAUAUGCAACUGGAUAAGCUGUGGGGUGAGGUUGGUAACAGAGUUUUACAGGCUUUGCCAAUCGUUGAAUGCUAAAAUACCAAGAGGUUAUUGAAACUAGACUACUGAUACUACUGCGAUUGAGUGUUGGUUGAUCAGUCAACUAUGUCUGACAUUUGGUUGAUCUGUUUUAUUAACAGUUGAGUGAUAAUUCACUCAUCCAAUACUCAACCGUCUCUCGACCAGCACUUAGCCAAUAUAUCAACCAACACUCAGCCUAUACAUGUACAUACCGACUGAUAUGUUGACCAACAGGUGACCGAGAUGUCAACCGAUACAUUGGUCGACAUCGUUUAUAAGACUGCAGUAACUGGGACUACUUAAACAAAAUAAACCAAUCAGAUUACUGGAAGGGUAAAGUAAAGGUUAAAUCUACUUUUUAUUUGGGGCAAGUGGCUCAUCAGACACAAGCUUCCAUGUGUUUCCGAGUGUUUUGCCUAAUGACCCAGGAAGGGCUGGCUCAAACACAGACCUCUGAGUACAUCGAGCACUAAACAUAAUUAUAAAGACCACUGCACAUGCCACAAGAUUCCAUUCCAUUCCACUUGAGUCAAAAAGAGGCUGGAGUCUUCAAAAAUACUGCAUUGGUCUGCAUUGGUCCUGUUCUGUGAUUUGAUUGUUACGUUUUGUUUAAGUCGCCUUGGUUAUUGUUGUCACACUGUAACUUAGAUUUGAUGAAAACUAACGAAAACUGUUUGAGGGAGUUCUUUAUGGUAUCGUUCUCUUAUAAAAUUUGUCAGUAUUUUUUACCCUUGACUUCAACGUUAAUAAAGAAUUUCAAAAAAAAAAAUUUUAUCUGUAGAAGUAAACAUAAGUAGGAAGCAUGUUUCCAUUAAUUUCACUCAAAAGAAAGAGUUCUAUGAAAUGUGUUCGAUGUGAAUUGUGUACCUUGAGAUUUUUGUUACCUCAUAAAUGACAUAGGAAGUGAAAAGUUUACUUUUAUUUCGAUUCUCUUUAGCUUGAGAAACUAUUAACAAUGAUUCAGAACAAAAUGAAAGGAAUGGAGUCAAAUCAAAUCAAGAAUAUUUCUUCUGGACCACGGGCGAACGGCAGUGAAGAAGAAGACCUGAAUAAACUGGACGAUUAUGAACUUGAUAAGAGAAAAGCGGCCAUGGAUGAGGAUUUUGAGAAAAACAGACUAAGACCGGGAGAUGCAGAUUAUGUUUAUGAUAAGGAGGUGGAAUUUAACGAGGGCAAAAUAGAAUCAGGAUGGGAUGACGAGGACGAUUAUUCAGAUCCGGAUUUUUAA